UUUAUUUCGAAGUGAUACUACUAAAGCUGCUCGCUGGCUGGAUGCAGGGAUUUUCUGGCUGAAUUAAAUGGAAGCAAGCAAAUAACGUGAACGUUGCCGGAUAAAUAAUCAUGGAUGUAGCAUUCAGUAAUAAUUAAAGACAACGGUGCUCUCCCGUUGAAAUUAUCUGACAUUUCAGGUCUGCGGUCCGUGAAAACAACGGCUUGUUUCUCCUUCGGGCGACUUGGACUUGGCUCCAAUAUCAGGUCGCUACAGUGGUGAGGAAGCUAGCUGUCAAGUAGUAGCCACAUCAGCACCGCUGAUAUUAGCCAGCCACGAUAGCAUCAGUAGAUUUCAUUAUGGCAGACAGUAUCAUGAGCAAGGCUGCUACCAUGGAGAUCCCCAUUAACAGCAAUGGAGACACAGGGACCCUGACAGAGGAUGACAGCCUGGAGCAGGAUUUGCAGCAGGUGAUGGUGUCUGGACCCAACCUGAAUGAAACCAGCAUUGUCUCAGGAGGUUAUGGAGGGCCUGCAGGGGGCAUCAUUCCAACCAGCACCAUCAAAGGGCCUGCUGUUCGCUUCAACCCUGACUAUCUGGACAGAAGAAGAGCCCCUGCACCAGGACCAGACAUUCGCAUGAAAUCCAGGGGUGUUAGCUUGCCUAAAAGCCAGUCUGCAGCCAGUCGACUUGCCCAACACCCAGACCAGCAUCCAGGGUCAUCAAACCAUAACACUAGUAAUUCAACAGAAGAAGUGACUCGUGGUGUGGCAGUGGAGAAAUUGGACAGUGUCAAGAAAUGGGGCAUAAACACAUACAAGUGUACCAAGCAGAUGUUUUCAGAGCGGUUUGGCCGAGGCUCACGAACAGUAGACCUGGAAUUGGAGGCUCAGAUUGACGUGUUAAGAGAGACCAAGAGCAAGUAUGAAAACAUUCUAAGACUGGCCACUGCACUCAUCAGUCAUUUUCAAAGCAUGGUGCAGACGCAACAGGCUUUAGGAGACACCUUCACCGACCUCAGCCAGAAGUCCCCAGAGUUGCAGGAUGAAUUUGGUUAUAAUGCAGAAACACAGAAGCUGUUGUGUAAGAAUGGCGAAGCUCUGCUCGGUGCCAUCAACUUCUUCGUGUCCAGUAUCAACACCCUGGUCAACAAAACAAUGGAGGAUACUUUGAUGACCAUUAAGCUGUAUGAAAAUGCAAGACUUGAGUUUGAUGCCUACCGUUCUGAUCUGGAGGAGCUGAGUUUGGGCCCUAGGGAUGCAGCUACCAUGGUCCGCAUUGAGAUGGCACAGCAUGAUUACCAGAUCCACAGAGACAAAUAUGAAAGACUGCGUAGUGAUGUCACCAUCAAACUCAAAUUCCUGGAGGAAAACAAGGUGAAGGUGAUGCACAAGCAGCUGCUUCUCUUCCAUAACGCUAUCUCAGCUUACUUUGCUGGCAACCAGCAGCAGUUGGAACAAACUCUAAUACAGUUCAAUGUAAAGUUAAAGCCCCCAGGAUCAGACAAGCCAUCCUGGCUGGAGGAGCAGUAAAGACCUCUCAAGGCUGAGCUCCUUGACACGAACAGUGGCAAGCUGGUCAGUGAAGACAUUAUGGUUAGAUGGACAUGAGGCAAAUGUAUAAAGGAGUAUGUUGUAGGAUCAGUAGCGGCUGGUGAUAAAGAAAAACAUGACAGAUCAGUUUUGUAAUGUUUUUCAGUAUCACUUACUUUACAUAGAUGGAACAAUGAUUUCAGUUGUAUUUAGAAUUUGUUUUGUUAAGUCACGAAAAGACCUUUUGUUACUUUGCAAUUCUUUAGGUAGCACAAUCAUUUACAUGUAUAUCACUUCUCAUUUAUGUACAGUAUAGUCUACCAUUGUGGCGAUACCCCUCUGCAGUUUUGCACAUGCAUUAUUUUGUUGAUUUGAUGUUGUCUUUAAUAUUUCAGAGUAUAUCACAUGGGAGGAAUUCCACAAAUCACAUUAGCAAGUUAGCGGGAUAAUGGGAUAAUAAUGAUAAAAAAUGUUAUGAAAUGUACUCUGGAAUUGUUUUUAUUUUCAUGAAUAUGCAUGACUGAACCACAUUAUUCAAGUUUUAUUUCACAGAUUUAAAUCAAAGUCAUCAAGUUAUAACAACAUUUUCAAAGUUAUCCCACUACGUUUCUAAUCACUUUGUGGAAUACCUGCCUGAAUGGUCAGUUUACAGUUUACAUAGAAGGGAUAAUAUAUGCAGUGAAUAUAGUAAUUUUCUCUAACCUAAUAUACACUCCAUAAUUAAUUGGACCUCCUAGAUUUUUGAUACCGUUCAGAUUUGUCCCUAUGAAUUC